AUGCUCGACGAGCUGAUCAUGGACGUAGUGUUACAAGCCCAUCGCGAGACCUUACGGUCAAGAGCCGUCUGUCAUAUCUGUCAUACGAAAUGUGGAACCGUGCACGUACCGGGCCCUUCGUCCGUAGGGACAUCAUCACAGGCUCGGCCGCCUUCUAGAGCUCGCUCGCCUUCCGCUGACUCAUCAGGGGGCCCAUCCAACGGCAAAGAAGGCAAUAUAUACCUCGAAUGUUUGCAAUGCAAGCGACAGAUAGCUUCUAAUCGGUACGCUCCUCACCUGAGUGCGUGCAUGGGACUUGGCACUGGUUCAAGACGGGCGGCGCCGAGGAAUGCGGCCACAAAGGUGUCGUCUGACGCAGGGCGUGCGGAGUCACCGUACCUGGGAUCUGAAACUGGGAAUGUCUCGGAUGAGAGCUCUGUUACAACGCCGAAGUCGAAAGCGAAGUCGAAAGCGAAACGGAAAGACGACGCAGAAUUCAACUUGCAUCGCAAACGGCCCGGCUCGCCGCAAGUAUCUCCUCCCAAGAAGUCUCGGAAGGCUAAAGCUGCGACCGCUGCUCUGCCUGUGGUGAAAAGCAAAAACGAGUCCGAACGGCCUGGAACACCACUAAACUCUCUUUCUGGAAGCCAAACCAAUUCGCAAACAAAGAUACCGUCGAGGUUGCGAGAAUCAUCCAUCGCCAACUUCGCUGAAUCCCAGCGGGAGCGUUCCUCUUCUCCAGGUUCUUCUUCAGAGUCCGACGAGGAGCCUCCCACAGCGACGCCUGUGGCCUCACAAACUCAGACCACGCCGAACUCCUUUGCGUCGUUUGCUGCUGCAGAUUCCAACGGCGUUGGACACUUGCCGGCUAAGCGAGGGCGAGGCAGGCCCAGGAAAGUUCAGCCGAGGCCUCCCAGUCCUCCUCGACCGACUGCGCCUAUCAGGGCGCCUGAACCUGAUUAUCUAGGAGAAGGCGGAGACGAGACAGGGUCUUCCACGGACACGGACAGUGACUAA